UCCAACGGCGGCACUGCGUGAGUUUUUGCGCACUACAAACACCGCAUCGAGGGUUACAGUGACUGCAUAAGCAUUACUUUCACGUAAAGAAAGCAUGAAAUCUGAAAAAAUAAGCAUCCCCGAAUGGUGGAAACAGCUCUCCUAUACGCCGCAUCUCUUCUGAUCACCAUGCAGCGUGCCGUUGUGCGUAAGGUUUGCAAACGCGUCCUGCCGACCUCCUUCAGGAUUCGAUGUUUUACACAGACUACGUGACCUCGUCCAUUGCACCGGAGCCCCUGGUGUGCAUGUAUCAGUGCGCCGAGAACAUGGCGAACGAGAUCGUGGCGGUGCCGGACGACUUCUGCGACCUCGUCUACUACCAGCUGGACGAAAAGUACACCUUUAUGGAGUGGCCCAAUUCGAGCUGCAUAAGACAGCUCGUGCUGACGGCCUCAGCAUCGAAGAAGCAUAAAUACGGCAUUACCGUGUACAACACGCAAGGCGACGAGUCAUUCGACCAGCUGAAGACUUCCGCCGGCGUGGCACAGUUUAUCAAGCUUUGGACAAGUAAUGUCAAGCACCACGGACUCACGUUUGCCAGUGGUACAUACGGCACGUUGAACACGCUCGCACGCUUCAACCUCAAGAUCCUGGGCCUUUUCAAGUCACUCCAGGUCGCUGCAAACUCAAUGACUGGCCAAAAGGAUCACCGCAGAUACGUGCUGUUAGGAAUACAAGCAUGGUUUGCGAACUUUUCCGCGGAAAAGGUUGCCCUCGCUGCUACCCUGAAAAGGAUAUCCACGACACGACUGUGGAGCUAAUCAACGCUGUGGGGACCCCAAGAUACGUGACCGUGCUAUUGUCGCUGAGUGCGAUUGUGUCCCGUUUCGUCAUGGAGGACAAUUGGGACAAUGUGGCGAUGUACGGAGGCCAAUGCGUUGACCGAGAAGCCGUGCCUUAUUCUAACGUCUGCAGCGGAACCAGCAUUGUGAAUCCAAGCAUAGUACCGGAAGCCAGCGUUGCCAUUGCACACGUCUACAAGGAAAACGCACUGACUCAGGCCACCUACGAAACAGCGGACACCAUUAAGUCCAAGGCCGACUACGCCUACCGGUAUCUGGGGCGCAGAAGUUUCGGCUGGGCCAUUCACUACCUCAUCGGGGGCAAGUUGAACGAUUCUUGCCCCCAACUCGGCAUGGACGGAGAGGACGUCGUCGCAACAGCCGUUCUGCAGACUAAAAGGUCUUGGAAGGGAUGGCGAUGGCUCUUCCCGCUUUGAAUGAGCCGCUGCUAUACUGAGCGGUAUACGUCUUGCAUCUAUCAAUCUAAUUCGAUAUCAAAUAAAUACAUUUCGCAUU